GCCGCCGCCCCGCGCCCGGCCCCGCGCCCGGCCCUGCCCUCAGGCCCCGCGGGCUCCGCGCGGCCGCCGGAGGCUCAGGCUCACCCGCCGCUCGGGGACCGGCCGCCGCGUCCCCUGGGCAACCGUCUCCAGGGAGACCGGGCCCCGCCCCCGGCCCGACACCCGGCAGAUAAGGAGCUCUCAGAGUCCAGCGAGGACGGAAUGACGCUCGCUGGUCCCAGCUCAUCUCUGAUCCGCCAGGCAGAGGGGCCUUCGCCGCUGGUCUUCCUCGGACCAGUCCAGAGAGGACGCCCGGUGUCGGAGCAGUGAGAGCAGGAUGCCCCCGGGGGUGGACUGCCCCAUGGAAUUCUGGGCCAACGAGGAGAACCAGAGCGUGGCGGUCGACUUCCUGCUGCCCACGGGGGUCUACCUGAACUUCCCCGUGUCCCGCAAUGCCAGCCUCAGCACCAUCAAGAAGGUGCUGUGGCACCGAGCCCAGUAUGAGCCGCUGUUCCACAUGCUCAGCGACCCCGAGGCCUACGUGUUCACCUGCGUCAACCAGACGGCGGAGCAGCAGGAGCUGGAGGACGAGCAGCGGCGGCUGUGCGACAUCCAGCCCUUCCUGCCGGUGCUGCGCCUGGUGGCCCGCGAGGGCGACCGCGUCAAGAAGCUCAUCAACUCGCAGAUCAGCCUCCUCAUCGGCAAAGGCCUGCACGAGUUCGAUUCCCUGCGGGACCCCGAGGUGAACGACUUCCGGGCGAAGAUGCGGCAGCUGUGCGAGGAGGCGGCGGCGCGGCGGCAGCAGCUGGGCUGGGAGGCCUGGCUGCAGUACAGCUUCCCGCUGCAGCUGGAGCCCGCGGCGCGGGCCUGGGGCCCCGGCCUGCGCGCCCCCGGCCGGGCCCUCCUGGUCAACGUCAAGUUCGAGGGCAGCGAGGAGAGCUUCACCUUCCAGGUGUCCACCAAGGACCUGCCGCUGGCGCUGAUGGCCUGCGCCCUGCGCAAGAAGGCCACCGUGUUCCGGCAGCCGCUGGUGGAGCAGCCCGAGGACUACACGCUGCAGGUGAACGGGAAGCAGGAGUUCCUGUACGGCAGCUACCCGCUCUGCCAGUUCCAGUACAUCUGCAGCUGCCUGCACAGCGGGCUGACCCCCCACCUGACCAUGGUCCACUCCUCCUCCAUCCUUGCCAUGCGGGACGAGCAGAGCAACCCUGCCCCCCAGGUCCAGAAAUCGCGCACCAAGCCGCCCCCCAUCCCCAUGAAGAAGCCCUCGUCCCUGUCCCUGUGGGCCCUGGAGCGGCCCUUCUGCGUGGAGCUGAUCCAGGGCAGCAAAGUGAACGCCGACGAGCGGAUGAAGCUGGUGGUGCAGGCCGGGCUCUUCCACGGCAACGAGACGCUGUGCAAGACGGUGUCCAGCUCGGAGGUGAGCGUGUGCUCGGAGCCCGUGUGGAAGCAGCGCCUGGAGUUCGACAUCCACGUGUGCGACCUGCCGCGCAUGGCCCGGCUGUGCUUCGCGCUCUACGCCGUCAUCGAGAAGGCCAAGAAGGCGCGCUCCACCAAGAAGAAGGCCAAGAAGGCGGACUGCCCCAUCGCCUGGGCCAACCUCACCCUCUUCGACUACAAGGACCAGCUGAAGACGGGCGAGCGCUGCCUCUACAUGUGGCCCUCCGUCCCAGACGAGAAAGGGGAGCUGCUGAACCCCACGGGAACCGUGUGCAACAACCCCAACACCGAGAGCGCCGCCGCCCUGGUCAUCUGUCUCCCCGAGGUGGCGCCCCACCCCGUGUACUACCCCGCCCUGGACAAGAUCCUGGAGCUGGGGCGGCACGGGGAGCACGGGCGCGCCACGGAGGAGGAGCAGCUGCAGCUGCGGGAGAUCCUGGAGCGGCGCGGGGCGGGGGAGCUGUACGAGCACGAGAAGGACCUGGUGUGGAAGCUGCGGCAUGAGGUGCAGGAGCGCUUCCCCGAGGCGCUGGCCCGGCUGCUGCUGGUCACCAAGUGGAACAAGCACGAGGACGUGGCCCAGGUGGGCGCGGGGCGGCCGGGGGGGGGGGCGGCCCGAGAGGCACCCCCUGACUGCCGGCCCCCCCAGAUGCUCUACCUGCUGUGCUCCUGGCCGGAGCUGCCCGUGCUGAGCGCCCUGGAGCUGCUGGACUCCAGCUUCCCCGACCGCCACGUGGGCUCCUUCGCCAUCAAGUCCCUGCGGAAGCUGACGGACGACGAGCUGUUCCAGUACCUGCUGCAGCUGGUGCAGGUGCUCAAGUACGAGUCCUACCUGGACUGCGAGCUGACCAAGUUCCUGCUGGACCGGGCGCUGGCCAACCGCAAGAUCGGCCACUUCCUCUUCUGGCACCUCCGCUCCGAGAUGCACGUGCCCUCUGUGUCCCUGCGCUUCGGCCUCAUCAUGGAGGCGUACUGCCGGGGCAGCACCCACCACAUGAAGGUGCUGAUGAAGCAGGGGGAGGCGCUGAGCAAGCUGAAGGCGCUGAACGACUUUGUCAAGGUGAGCUCGCAGAAGAGCCCCAAGCCGCAGACCAAGGAGCUGAUGCACCUGUGCAUGCGCCAGGAGACCUACCUGGAGGCGCUGUCCCACCUGCAGUCCCCGCUGGACCCCAGCAUCCUGCUGGCGGAAGUCUGCGUGGAGCAGUGCACCUUCAUGGACUCCAAGAUGAAGCCGCUGUGGGUCGUGUACAGCAACGAGGAGGCGGGCGGUGACGGCAGCGUGGGCAUCAUCUUCAAGAACGGGGACGGUGAGCGGCCGGGCCCCCACUGCCCCGGGUCCGGAGGACCUCCGCCAGGACAUGCUGACGCUGCAGAUGAUCCAGCUCAUGGACGUCCUGUGGAAGCAGGAGGGGCUGGACCUGAGGAUGACCCCCUACGGCUGCCUCUCCACCGGGGACCGCACGGGCCUCAUCGAGGUGGUGCUGCACUCGGACACCAUCGCCAACAUCCAGCUGAACAAGAGCAACAUGGCAGCCACGGCCGCCUUCAACAAGGAUGCCCUGCUCAACUGGCUCAAGUCCAAGAACCCUGGGGAGGCCCUGGACAGGGCCAUCGAGGAGUUCACCCUCUCCUGCGCCGGCUACUGUGUGGCCACCUAUGUGCUGGGCAUCGGCGACCGGCACAGCGACAACAUCAUGAUCCGCGAGAACGGCUGUUCCACAUUGAUUUUGGCCACUUCCUGGGGAAUUUCAAGACCAAGUUUGGGAUCAACCGCGAGCGGGUCCCCUUCAUCCUCACCUAUGACUUUGUGCACGUGAUCCAGCAGGGCAAGACCAACAACAGCGAGAAGUUUGAGAGGUUCCGCGGCUACUGCGAGAGGGCCUACACCAUCCUGCGGCGCCACGGGCUGCUCUUCCUCCACCUCUUCGCCCUGAUGCGGGCGGCGGGCCUGCCGGAGCUCAGCUGCUCCAAAGACAUCCAGUAUCUGAAGGACUCGCUGGCGCUGGGGAAGACGGAGGAGGAGGCGCUGAAGCACUUCCGCGUCAAGUUCAACGAGGCGCUGCGGGAGAGCUGGAAGACCAAAGUGAACUGGCUGGCCCACAACGUGUCCAAAGACAACCGGCAAUAGGCCGUCCGCUCGCUGACCUCGGACCCGCAGGCGCGCCGGGCAGGCGCGAACCCGUCCUGGGCCGCCCGGGGCCCGCCGCCCGCCGCCCGCAGGCACCCACUGCCUCUGUUUACACUGGUUAUUUAUUAUGACUUGAAACGUUCAGGAACCGAACAGCCAUCGCCAACGGGCACCCUGGAGCAGAGGAGGACGCCGCUGCUGCCGCCAGAGCCCCGGGCUCUGAUGGGAAGACACUGAGGCGGCGCCUUGAGGGGGCCGUACCCCGUCUUCCAGCUGGUGGCCUGGCCCAGCAGACUCGCCCCCGGGGAGCUGCCUUCUCCCAGGGCUGCGGGCGGCCCGGGGCCCCCCUCCCACUCGCCCUCCGCCUCCUGCUCCGCCGCUGGUCCUGGUGGCUCCGGAGGAAGCCUGGUGCCCCGAGAUUCAGGGAUGCUUUUUCCACUUUUAAAGUGACUCUUGGGUACGGGAACCCUCUCA